AUGCUGUUUGGAUUUUUCAUCCUGCUCAUCUUCAGAGUUGCACGAUGUGCAGACGAUAAGAUUUUUGUGACAGAGACUGUUGGUGUUGGAGAUGAUGUGACUCUGACAUGUACCCGCUCUGUGACUCCAACAACCACCUUAUUCUGGAUCAGACUUGUUGCUGGAAACUUGCCUGAAUUCUUGGGAGGAACAUAUAGUUUUAAUUAUGGUCUUGUUAAUAAGACUCCUCACACUCCUCGCAUUACAGCUAAACAAGAGCCUGGCACAUUUGUCCUGCAUAUUAAUAAAGCUGAACUAAGCGAUACUGGACUUUACUACUGUAUAAAUGUACAUGAAGUUAACAUGACAUUAUUGAAAGGAACAUUUCUGAGGAUUGAAGGACCAGAACCUGAUAUCAUUACUGUUACUGAAGACUUUCCAUCUGAUCCAGUUCAUCCAGGAGACUCUGUGACUCUCCAGUGUUCAGUGCUCUCUGAUUCUGAGAGUAAAACAUGUCUAGAAGAACACAAAGUGUACUGGUUCAGAGCUGGAUCAGAUGAAUCUCAUCCUAGUUUUAUUUUUGCUCAUGGAAACAGUGCUGAUGAAUGUGAAAAGAGUCCUGAGGCUCGUUCUGCACAGAAAUGUGUCUACAGCUUCUCUAAAAGCGUCAGCUCCUCUGAUGCUGGGACUUAUUACUGUGCUGUGGCCACAUGUGGAAAGAUAUUAUUUGGAACUGGAACCAAACUGGAACUUGUCAGCGUGUGGGAUUUGCAGAAGGCCAACACAGUUCUGAUUCUGUUGUGUGCAGCUUUGGCUGCGAGUCUGCUUAGAAAUGAAGACUCGUUGGUUUAUUCUGCACCAAACUUUACCAACAGGAAAGUUGGCAAAGUGGGGAGAAGGAAUGUAAAGGCAUCGGAAGGAGAGACGAUCUACAACGAUGUCAGAGCUUUUGUGGCAGAUUGA